AUGUCCCAGGGUGUUGAACAUAGCAAGCAGGAAGCUGACUUGAAGGCAGAUAAACGAGAAAAACUAAGGAGAGGACUUGAGGCCCUCUUUGCCGCACAAAACACUGGUGCACAUAAGGACUCUGAUGAGGAUAGCGCUGAUGAGGGCCACCCAGCAGUCGACAAUAAGCGACGAGAGUCUCAGACGGCCACAGAUACAUUUUUUAACAUUGACACAAACAGCACUAUUAUUGAGGUUAAUAACGUUCGAUUGUUUUCGUUGGAUGAGUUGGAGUUGGACAAGUUGACUAAUUGUGUUUCUCUUUCUCUUCGGAAGAAUCUUAUUCACGAACUGACUCCGUUCCCAGAAGAACUUGCGGGCCGCCUUCAGGAUUUAGAUUUUUUUGACAACAAGAUCCGCAAGCUGCGAGAUUUUUUUUCAUCUGUAAAAUCUAUGGGAGAUGCCCCUCUGAAAAAAAGUGUGUUGGGGGCCUUUGGGCAUCUUACCAAGUUAGAUUUGAGCUACAAUCAAAUACGGCAUAUUUCAGGGUUAGAACCCUUGGCGCCAACAUUGAAGGAACUGUAUCUUGUGGAAAACAAAAUAAAUGAAAUUAAAAAUUUGGAUUUACUUACAAACCUUGAGCUACUCGAGCUAGGGGGCAAUCGAAUUCGUGAAAUUGGACCAGGUUUGGCGAACCUGACAAAGUUGAAGCAGCUUUGGCUAGGUAAGAAUAAAAUUACAUCUAUUGGAACAUCACUUCAAACCUUGGUCUCCCUGGAAAUUCUUAGUCUGCAGGCGAAUCGUUUGACCAGUAUUGAGCCUGAGAAUUUUUCCAGCCCUGACGCUAACCCAUGCCUUAUGGAGGUGUACCUGUCCGAAAACGGCCUGACGUCGAUUCAAAAUCUGCAGUACCUUUCCAUGGUAAAGAUUAUUGAUUUUAGCUUUAAUCCAAUUUCCGUUAUAAAUGCGGACGUGAUAAAUCCCAAAAAUAUGCCAUUUCUUGUAGAAUUUUGGCUCACCGAUGGAAAGGUUGAAAAUUGGGAUGAAGUAGGGAAACUGAGCGGAUUCAAGAACAGCUUGAAGACCGUUUACCUUGAGCGAAAUCCAAUUGAGGAGGAUAAAAGAUACCGUGAUAAGGUGUACAUGUAUUUACCUUUUUUGGAGCAGAUUGAUUCGUGGCCAAUCGUAAAUAAAGGUAAUCUUGAGGCAGAUCGAAAGCGGAGGGCCUAG